AUGGGCUCCGACAGCCGGCCUGUGUGCCAUCGCUGUGCCCAAAUCAAGCAGGCCUGCGACGGCAACCUGCCCUGCGCGCGAUGCGUGCGCCUCAGUCUGCCCUGCAUGCCCCGGGAUGCCCUCGGCGCCGGCGACGGCUAUCCUGGCGCCAUGGGCGACAUCCCCAAGGCCCGCAUCCGCCGCGUCCAGACCGGCUGCCUCAUGUGCAAGCGUCGCAAGAAAAAGUGCGACGAGACCAAGCCUCGCUGCGGCGACUGUCGACGCCUCUGUCUCGACUGCGCCUGGCCUGCCGAGCGCUCCAAGGACAAGUCUCCGAUUUUGGAUGCGCGCAAGGAAUCGCUUUCAGAAAAGCUCAGCGGCGACCCGACCAUUAUAGAUAUUCCCCUCCGUCAGAGCCAGAGCCCCAGCCCCAGUGCAACCAGCUCGCCGCGCUCCAACGCAAGUGCUAAUAGGAGAAGCAACAGCAAUGCAAGCAGCUACCACCCGGAUGUCAAACCAGAAUUUGCCGUCAUCAAGCAGGAUAGCUCGACGUCGGAUGCCGAGGCACUCUCCGAUAAGGUCUCGUGGGAUUUGUCCACCUCGCCGCCGGCCUGGGUAGAAGCCUUCACACCCGUCAGCAACGGCAGCACCCACGACGCUAUGGAUCCCAAUCAGCCCACGCUCACCGUGUAUAUUCCGCAGCUGCUUCCCCAACUACAAACCACAAACGACCGCGCCUUGAUGAACCAUUACUCCACCAUAGUCUCGUCCAUUCUCUCACGAAGAAACUCUACCAGCAACCCAUAUAACCAUUACCUUUUACCCAUGGCGCAGGGCAACGACCUUGUUCUUCACUGCAUUCUCGCCCUGUCGGCGAACCACUGGCGCAAGCUGCAACCGACGUUGGGUGGCAGGGGUCUCUAUCACCAGGGCAAAGCGGCGUCAGCACUGGCCCAGCUGCUACCCCACGUCGACAAGCAGAGCGCAGAUAUUGCCCUAGUCGCAAGUUUGCUGCUCUGCAUGACCGAGUUGUUUGACGGCACGAGCGAAGGAUGGAAGUUGCAUCUCAAGGGCGCCAAACGGCUCUUGAUCACUCUCAUGACUCAACAAGGCGAAAUGUUGACCGGACACUACAAGUUUCUGCUGCGACUGGCUCGCUUCCUUGACUCUGCUGCCACGACAUCUACCUGUCGCCCUCCUCUCAUCGGCGAUGAGGAAGCCGAGGCUGCCGCGCUCAACCGCCUCUCAUUCAGCCCAGAUGAAGACGACUCGGCCGUGUACGGUAUCCCAAAGGAGCUUUUCCAUCUUCUCGAUCGCGUCAACACGCUCGCCGACAAGCGCAAAACGCGCGUGGAUCGCGCCUCCGAGGCCGCUUUUCGCGAAGAGGCACAGCAAGUUGAGGAGCGCAUCAACCACUGGUCGUACGAGUACGGCGGCAUGUCGCGCGCAGUCUACUCGCUUUCACCCGGCGGCGACGACGUGCUCCACGCGGCCGUGGCCUUUGAAAACGCCGUUCGUCUGCGCCUGCACCAGGUCGUCGAGGGCUACGAGCUCACGGAUCCCAAAGUCGACCAGUGCGUCGGGGCCAUUCUUGACGCCGUGCAAAAGAUUCGCUACGGCAGCCCGCUCGAGGCGUGCGUGCUAUUUCCGCUCGUCAUGGCCGGUGGCGCGUGCUCCAAAUACGAGCACCGGUUGAUUAUCCAGGACAGGCUGCUCGUCAUGGAGAGGACGUGCGGCUUUGGGUACGUGUUUAAUGCGAGGGACCUGGUGGAGCGCGUGUGGUCGAGGAGAGAUGACACGGCGGGGACGGGUGCCAUUGUGAAUUGGGCGAGGAUUCGAUAUGAAGAGAUGCAUGGGCUAGUUGUCUUUUGA